AGUAAAAUCCGAGUCCUGCCUCUGGGUGGAGAUUCCCGUGACUGACAGUCGCCUCCCGGGAGAGCUCCACGGACUUCCCUCCUACCCAGCAUAUCCCUCUCCGGGUCGGAAUGUGGGCUCUGGAUCUCCACACAUUUUCGCGCAGGGACGAGGAUUAACUGAGCCACGGAACCGAGCUGUAGUCGAACCGAGCCUCGUCCUGUUCUCCAUCCUCCUGACGUUGUCCCUUUUUCUCCGGACUGUGGAAAAGUUUGCGUCGGGAUUUGACACAGCUGGAGUCCGCGGAUGGACACGAGCUCACCCCGGGCACAAGAUUUCCUCCCAAAAUGGACCACCAGUCUGUGAGAAGGUGAGGACUCUCCGUGGGCUCAAACGUCAUCAGCUCAUUUCAAAAGUUCCGUGUGCGAUCGGCCACCAUGGCGUCCAGUCUGACGUGUACAGGUGUGAUCUGGACCCUGCUGUCCCUGCUUUGCGCCGCCGCCUCCUGCGUGGGCUUCUUCAUGCCCUACUGGCUGCUGGGCACUCAGAUGGACAAACCCGUGUCCUUCGGCACCUUCCGCCGCUGCUCCUACCCGGUGCGAGAUGAGGAGAGUCAGACCACGGUGAUGCUGGAGCAGUGCGGGCGCUACGCCUCCUUCAACGGGAUCCCCAGCUUGGAGUGGAGGAUCUGCACGGUGGUGACCGGCGUGGGAUGUGGUCUCCUCCUGCUGGUGGCUCUCACCGCUCUGAUGGGCUGCUGCAUCUCAGACCUCAUCUCACGUACCAUCGGUCGGGUCGCUGGAGGGAUCCAGUUUGUUGGAGGUCUGCUGAUCGGCUCCGGCUGCGCCCUCUACCCUCUGGGCUGGGACAGUGAGGAGGUGCAACAGACCUGCAGCAACAGCUCCAACCAGUUCCAGCUCGGUUCCUGCCAGAUCGGUUGGGCCUACUACUGCACGGGCGCCGGGGCGGCGGCCGCCAUGCUGCUGUGCACCUGGCUGGCCUGUUUCGCUGGGAAGAAGCAGAAGCAGUAUCCGUACUGACAGGAGGAGCGGGGGGGCGGAAGCGGCCGGAGACCUCGGGCCAGAACUGUGGACUCACAGCAGAACAGCACAGCAGGCACCAAAGACUCGGUCAUAAUGGUGCUCUGGACUUCAGGGGACGCUGCAGGGACUCUUUCAUAACAUGCGCACACACGCACACACACACACACAAACACACACACACACACAGACACUUUGAAACAUGGCUGUUCAGUGGAGAUGUUUGGACCAAUACGGUUUGUUGUCAGCAGAAGUGUGCGACCGUCACUCGAGAAUUUCACUGAGUUCAAAGGUCAUUCAACUUGCCGGUGGUGCGUUCAAGCAUGCAUGGGAAAAUCCCAUCUCAACCCUCCAUGCAGGCUACUGACAGCACAUCACAAGCCAAGCUUCCAUUUCAAUGUUUACAAAAUGUUACAUUCAAACUCCUGUCAAGUCAGUGGGACGUUUCCUUGGAAAGAUGGAUGCUGAUUUUCUUCUUUUAGAACAGAAUCCCCUCAAAAAAAUGUUUUUAUGCCUCAGUAUUUUUGAAAUUAUUUUAAAAUGUUUUUUAUCCUAAAAUAUACAAAUUCAAAUUAAAUUUAAAUAGCCAGUAUAUUUUAGUAAGCAAAAAAAAAGUUAAGCAAUUUCUUUGGCGAAUUAAUUUUAAAAAUUUAAGUAUUUCUUUUUAAAUAUUUAAUAUGCAAUCGCAUCUGUUUUAUUGUGACAAUUUUUUGCAAAAUUGUCACAUUUUUGUUUCAGAAAUAUUAUGAAGUAUUCUGUCUUGUAAAACUUCUUUGAGAGAGGGUUUUUUUCUUAAUUAUUCUUUAUUUUAAGUAAAAAAGUAUUGAGAGAAUUCUUUUAUUUUUUUAUAUAUUUUUUAUUUUUAAUCAAAGUCCCAGUAAAUUCUGAGUCAGAGCGACAGAAUGAAAGAAGAAAGAAGAAGAGCAGUAAACAUUAUUCCAGCGAGGAAUUUUCUUGACAACAAAAACGGGAAUUUUCUCGAGUGAACCCGCACACUUCUGCGCCAAACCUUUUCAAGCAAAGCAUUUUGUUUGUGGUUUUGUUCUCGUGACAAAGAGCAAAGUAAUAUUGCUUCAUUGUAUGGUGUUUCCUCCAUCUUGGCCUUAAAACCCACCAAGACGCAAUAAUAAUAAUCCAGACGCCCGGCCGCCCGCUCCCUCCGAACCCUGCUCCUCAUAUCACCUAUAAGCUUUUGUGUACGACGACGUAUUUUAUCAUGAUAGCACCUCUCUUUUUUUAUUCUUCACUCUUUCUUUGUCAUUGUUAUACUUUCCUUUGUUUUGUAAAUAAACGUUUAUGGAAACUCUCGACUUUUAUUCCGACCUGGUUGUGGAUUCGCUCUGUUUGUUGUCCGAUCGAUUCCGGCAGAGCGACGGAUUAUUGAUGAGUUAAAUCCCACAGCCUUCAAAUCAUCGGUGAUUUACACUGCCUUUCCCAGGAGGCCACGGGAGGAGCGGAGGCUGCUGCCGCAACAAACGUCACAGAGAAUCGGCUCGGCUCAUACGGGCUGCUCAUGCUGCAGUCUGGAACUGGGAAAUCCUGGAUGACGUCACCUGGCGGCGGAUUUCCAAGUCGGAAUGGAGAAGUGGAGAAUUCUUGCCACAGUGGUCAUGCAAUCCAAGAUGGCGGCUGGGCAUGUAAACAAUGAGGAGAGCUCCUGUAAUGUUUAUAUUCCACUCCUAUUUUUUUCUCCGAAUCAGUCAAAUACGUUGUAUAACAUGAAGAUUUUGCAGUGCUGUUUUAUAUUUUCAUGUUCAGCGGACCAUGCUAACAUUGGCCUUUGCUUGCCAGGUACGAUGCCUGUGGCACUUUUCAUGGAGAGUCUUCCAACUUCAGAGGUCACUGGCGCUCUAACAUCAGCGCAACCAUGAGUUUGGUGACCAUGACUCAACAGUUACCAGCUUUUGUUUUUGUGUCAACUAUAAUGUAAUUUGCAUUGGAGCUACAUAUUAGCCUCACUGUUUUUGGUGAUGGUAGUUUGGCUUUAGCGUCGAAGCUACACUCCAUGACACUACAUUUUCUUUUUA